UUGUUCUGUACAGCAAUUCAAAUCGAUUGUUUAUCUAACGUUUGUUUACAAUUUUACUAGCUAGCCAUCAUAUGGCUUCCACUUUAUUAUCACCGAUGGUAGAUUAUUACAAUGAUGAAGAAGAACUUGAUAGUGAGGACGAUGAUCGAAGCUUCAGGGGAAUAGACUCGGAAGAAGACACUGAAGACGCCAGUGAAACUGACCUAGCUAAACACAACGAGGAUGACUAUGUGGAAAUUAAAGAACAGAUGUACCAAGACAAGUUGGCAUCAUUGAAAAUGCAGUUGACACAACUCCAAGAAGGAACACUUCAGGAGUACCAGAAGAGAAUGAAGAAGCUGGACCAGCAAUAUAAAGAGAGACUUCGCAAUGCUGAUCUCUUCCUCCAACUCGAGACGGAACAGGUGGAGAGGAACCACAUCAAAGAGAAAAAAGCGGCGGUGAAGGAGUUUGACGAUAAGAAGGUUGAGCUGAAGGAAAAUUUAAUUGCUGAGCUGGAGGAGAAGAAGAAGAUGAUAGAGAAUGAGAAAUUAACAAUGGAGUUGACCGGCGAUUCUAUGGAGGUGAAACCCAUCAUGACCCGGAAGUUGAGGAGGAGGCCCAACGAUCCAGUCCCCAUUCCAGACAAACGAAGGAAACCUGCACCUGCUCAGUUAAACUAUUUACUAACAGAUGAACAGAUAAUGGAAGAUCUGCGAACACUGAACAAGCAGCUGAAAUCCCCCAAGCGUCCAGUGUCUCCGUCUUCUCCAGACCAUAUGCCCACCACUCCAGUAGAGGCCCCUUCACAGCGCUAUGAAGCCCGCAUCGAAGAAGGAAAGCUCUACUAUGACAAGAGAUGGUACCAUAAGGGCCAAGCCAUCUACCUGGAGUCCAAAGAGAAUACCAAGAUCAGCUGUGUCAUCAGCUCUGUGGGAACAAACGAGAUCUGGGUGAGGAAGACCAGUGACAGCACAAAGAUGAGGAUCUACCUCGGACAACUGCAGAGAGGAGCGUUUGUCAUCCGACGGCGGUCGGCGGCAUAGAACACAUGCCUCUUCUGUUUCUCCAUCUCUAUAGCAUCUUCCUCGUUCUAUCCCUUUUUCUAAGUAAAGUAUGUGGCUUCCCUCAUGUUGAUCCCCCAUCCUACUCUGUGCCUGAGGAAGUUUCCUCAAUGACUUCCUGAUGUUUCAACUAGGGAUGCACCGAUAUAACAUUUUUGCCCAAUAUCGAUAUUUUCCUUGCCAAAUAAACCGAUACCCGAUAUAAAAAAAAUGUGCUGCCUUUUAAGCAUUCUAGUACAGUUAAAUAGUUAACACGCACAUGGGCGCAGUGGUCUAAGGCACUAUA